GUAUCACCUGCCGAUGGCAGAAUCCUUAGUUUUGGAUUAGUAAACGACGAAAAGGUAGAGCAAAUAAAAGGAAAUCAUUAUACAUUAAGUGCACUGUUAGGGAGUGGCAAUACAAAUAGUUCGGAAUUACCAAUAGUCAAUAUUGUUAAAACAACUCAUAUUGUUGAUGAAAAAGAAUUUGCAAAUAUCAAUGGUAUUACAUAUUCUUUAGAUUCUUUGCUAGGUGAUGAUCCAGAUAUGUCUAUAAAACAAGAAAGCACUCUCGAAAAUGAUGUUUCAGGUCUAAAUAAAGCAGAUCAACAAAAAAAAGAAAAGCUCAUUUCAAAAAAUGUAACAGACAUUUCGCUUAAUAAUACUCAUAAAUGGCAUGCAAUUAAAAAAGGAAAUGGACUUUUCUUUUGUGUGAUUUAUCUUGCUCCUGGAGAUUAUCACAGAUUUCAUUCUCCAACAAAUUGGGUUGUUGAAUCAAGACGUCAUUUUGCGGAUACUCCCGUUGGGACAUAUGCAGAAAUGUCCUAUAAAAAUGCUAGUAAGCUCCUAGGUGGACAACCUUUAAGGAUUGGCGAAGAAAUCGGUGGAUUUUGCUUGGGUUCCACCAUUGUGCUAAUAUUUGAAGCACCGUUGAGUUUUAAAUUUUGUGCAACGCCAGAACAAAAAAUCCAA